AUGUCGGAGCAGGCGCCAGCUGGCGGGCGCUCUGCUGCCAGGGCUCGCCUCACCAGACAGCGCUCGAGGCGGCUGUCGCGAUUCGCCCCGGGGCCGGCCAUGCAUGCGCAGGAGAACGAGGCGCUGCUGCAGCACCGGCGAGAAGAACCCAGCGGCCUGCGCAAAACUGGCACCCCCAAAGCCGCGCAGAAGGGCCAGGCCCGCAGCGGCUACACCGCUGACACUGACUGCCUCACCGUCGAGGCAUCAGGACCAGCGUUUGCAAGGGCGCGAGGUACGGCGACGCGCAUUCACCACCCGGCGCAGCAGCCGCUGCAGGAGCUGCCAGCGCCGCAGCUGCACCAAAAGCCUAAAGUGGCUGGUCGGCCGCCAGAAACACAAGCCUCACCCGUAACAGUGCAGUGUCAGCAAGAGCCGCGCACCAACGUGAACUGGCACACCAUGCAACCAAUGCAGAAGCUGCCGGCGUCGCAAUUGCACCUGCACUCUGGGAGCGCCGACGCCACGGGCGCCCGGCUAACAGAAGCACAGCAGUUUCCAGAGCUGCGGACCAGUGCGAAAUGGCAGAGCAUGCAGCAGCAGCAGCAGCAGAAGCACCAGCCAGUCAGGAGCCUUUGCAGGCAGCCAGCUGGGAGUCAUACCACCACCGCUCCUACAAGCACCAUUGGUGGGAAAAUGCCGAAUUCUGGACGGUCAGAGCCGGCGAAAGUAGCCGCGCAUGGAAUUCUGGUUGCUUCAGGGGAUGGUAGGGAGGGGGCCAGUGCAGAGCCUCUGGGAGCCUGGUGUGCCGGGGCCGCGGGCACAGGCAGCGGGGCUGUCUCUCUGAGGGGAUCAGCAGGGCAGGCAGAAGGGUGGAAGCAGGGUGCGGCUGGAACCAUUUGCUCGGGUGGAUCAGCAGGGCAGGCAGAAGGGUGGAUAAAGGGUGCGGCCGGGACAAGCGUCGACAGCCUAGCGAGCGCUCUGCUGGCUCUAAGACACAGCACCCGCGCGAGAGGCGCGGAUUCUGCGCCACAAAUAUCUGCCACGGCAGCUUCCGGCGCGCGAGCAAGUACCAUGGUAGCUUCCAGCCCUGCGGAAGCUGCUAACAAAGGGCGCCCGCCGGUUCCAAACGGCGCGCCACGCGGUGCGGCAACUUGCGAGAAGCUGCCUGCUGCACGAGCUGCGUGCGGCUCUGGUAUCGCCCCCGGCUGCAGCAGAGAUGACCGAUACACGAAGAUAACAGAGGCGAGGAUCGGGGCGGAGUCAGAGGUGUGCCAGCAGAAGCGCGCAGCGCACGAGGCUGCCGCAGAGCCACGUCAGCAGCGCAUAUUAGAGCACCCGCAGCAGGAGGUCAAUAAGACGGAAGAGUGCGUGCAGCAGCAAGAGGCAGCGGAGCCUGUCAGGGGAGUGUUUGAUGGCAUGCGUGUCAUGCUCGACCCCGACCUGGACAAGGCUGAAACCAAUCGGGUUCGGGGAGCAAUAACGGCAGGCGGAGGGCAGUGCACUGCGGGCGCCUUCCUGGGCGGUUCAACCUCGCAUGUGGUCUGCCUCCCGUCCGCUGCCUCAAAGUGGCUUGCAAUGGGCGUGCACGUGGUUUCACCCGCGUGGGUGCUGCAAUCCGCCAGGUCUGGGCGGCAGGAGCGCUGCCUCAACCUGUCUGCAGACGCCCUGCGCGGCCUGCCAGGCACCUCGGCAGGCACACAAGAGGUGAAUGCGUGCGUGGGUGAGUCAGCAGUGACAAGCGCCAGCUCAGCAAACUCGUCUGCCAGCGAUGCGCACGCGUGGCAGGCGCUGCUGGAUCAGGCUGACCAGCGCGUGUCAGCGAUGAGUCACCACCAGACUCCCGCCAACCUGUUGGAGGGCGUUGUCUGGGCCGUCACCGACCCGGAGGAGGAUGCUGAGCUUGUCCCUGACAGCGAGGAUGAAUAUGAGGGCGGGCUGCAGCAGAACAGCAGCAGCUCACAAGCUGCAGCGCCGUGCUCGGCUGCCGAGAAUUCCUCUGCCAGCGGGGGCCGGAUGAGUGCGGGGGAGUGGGAUCACAUAAUGGUUAUGGCGCCAGCGCUGACGGUGUUAUUCCCUGCCGACGCGCUGGGCGCGCUGUGUCACGUCAGCCGCACGCUGCGCUGUCAGCCGCCCGGCCUCAGCCGCCGCCAGCUGCUCGCAUUCGUGCACGCGCACUAUCAGGCGCGCACCAUCGCCUAUUUCAUCGAGCAGCUGAGUGCAGCCGAGAUGACAGAGGCGUUGCGGGGGGGGCUGCGGACCACCGCGGAGGUGCGGGGGGCCCUGCUGGCGGGGCGGGGGGUCCGGCGGGGGGACCUGCUGGGCAGCCGGCGCAGCCUGGAGGGCCUCUCGCGCGUGUCCCGCUGCAGGAACGCCACCGUAUACGAGCUUGAGCUCAGCUGCUGA